AUGCUGAAGAAGCUUGGUGACCUUAUGAACGAGAGCCAUUAUAGUUGCAGUGUUCUAUAUGAAUGCAGCUGCCCAGAGUUGGAAGAGCUUGUAAAUAUUUGUCGGAAUAAUGGUGCUUUUGGGGCAAGGCUUACAGGAGCUGGAUGGGGUGGUCGUGCAGUUGCUUUGGUGAAAGAGAAUAUCAUCCCACAAUUUAUCCUCAAUUUGAAGGGACAAUUUUAUCAAUCAAGGAUGGACAAUGGGGUGAUCAAUAAGAAUGAUCUUGGCCUAUACGCUUUUGCAUCCAAGCCAUCUCGGGGUGCUGCGAUUUUCAAAUUUUAA